AUGGAUCCCGAUGCUCUGUGGUGCAACAUCUGCCCCAAGCAGCCCCGGUUCAGCGAUGUCUCUCACCUUCUCACCCAUGUCUCUUCCAAAGCCCAUCUAUCCCAUUACUUCAAGCUUCAGGUCCGCAGUCACCAGGAACCUCACGCAGGUCAUAUGCUGGAGCAGUAUGACCGUUGGUACAAGGUCAAUAACUUGGCCAAACUGCUGUCAGAUCGGAUGGCUUCGAAAGAAGCACGGAAAAAUAAAACUCACGGUCGAUCCCUGCCUACGACUUCGACAUCCACUAAGAGGGCUACAACACGCAAGUCCUCGUCUGCAAAAGCCAACACCUUCGUAACCCAGAACUUCCUGCCCGAUUUCCUUGACCCUCGUCUUUCCCAGUCAUGUUUUGAUAAUGCAAGUGGAAUCAGAGACCAACCGUCCUCGACUGGGUACAAUGCUUCGCGCUCAAACGAGAUAACUGACAUCCGUACGCAACACUGGCCAGUCUGUCCGGUCGUCCCAGCAGAAUCUCCCACACGGGUGGGGUCUGGCCCUUGGAAAAUCGAGCGAGAAUCCCACUCUGGAGAUGAAUCUGUGUCUGUCUUGCAUGCUACACCCCCUUGGUCUGACGGACUCGAUGCACCUCGGGGUCAGAUGCCCCUCUCCUUCCCCCGCUCAGCCGGUUCUGAUCCCUUCGUCGAUGAUGACCAGACCUAUGGAUACCUUGACGAUAAUGAAGAUGAGAGGGAACGGGUGGAUGAGAUGGCAAGGCUGAAAGGUGUCCUGUGGCCUGGCAUGGACAUAUUCGAUUCGGCCACAGAGCAGAUGAGACGGAAACGGAACCAGAAGAAGGAUGGCAGCAUCCUCAAAAUGAUGGAGAAGACGUCAGAGAGCAUUGAACCCACCGAGAUGGUCUUUUCCCCUACAGGCAUCCUACGGAAGGAGCGGUUCAUAUCUGGCAAUGUCGAUGACUCCAGUCCACUCAAGGGCGAGACUCCGAUCCCUAAACGUCGCGCUGUCCGCCCGAAGCGUGGUCCGCUUUCACAAUCCGACCCCAACGCAGCCUCGCGGUAUCCUUAUGAUAGGCAAAGAGCUAAGAAAAGAUCCAAUUACGGUCGGGAUCACUCUCUGGAGGAGCUGUCUCGACAAGCACUCCCGUUACUUGAGAACCCCGGAGGUAGUCGGCCGUUUGGCAACCACGGAAGCUAUUACUCAUCUCUUGUAGACGAUGAGAGCGACCUCAGACUGACACUGGGCAGCUUUGAUGAAAAGCCCCGUGGCGGAUUCAGGGUCUUCGCCGACGAAUGGAGGCCCUUCAAGAAUGCAGCAAAGGAUCAGUUCCGGGACGGUGAUCCACCUUCGCUUCCCUCGCAGCAUCGCCAUCAGUCAGGAGCUGCUGGCCAUCUUCAGUCAUCAAUCACCAAUAAGGGGUAUUCAACCGCUGCACCAAGCUCGUCCCACCGCUACAUGACUGAGAAGGAGAACAUCGAGCCCAUUCUCAACUGUCAGGGGAGAAUCGACCCUCUCAUUUCGUGGCAUGCCUCCUGGACAAAACAGCAAUAUGAGGAAGAUAGAUAUCUCUCGCAGUACUUUUACGGAGACAGUAGUAACCAUGUUGACUUUGGCACUUUUGGCGGUAACGACCUGUCCGGAUAUUCCUCUAACCCGUUGGCCUCCUCGUAUCAGCACUUUCCACUUAAUGACGAUAAGACGUUUGCAGCAAUCGCCAGUUCAGCCUCGAGUACACCAAAGAUUAAGCGGGCUGUUUCGACUGAUUCAACUAUUUCUGAAAUGGGUCAAGAUGAUGUUGGGCGUCUAUACUUGGACGGAUGUUCUGACUAA